AGAAGUAGAAGACGGACGGCAAGGAGCGAAUAGAAAAUAAUAAAGCUAUCAGAACUGUCAAUGCACAACAAACAUAAAGUGACGUUUAUGAGAAAAAUUCUCUCGCGACUUUUUUUUUCUCCUUAAUGUAUUGUUCACGAAAAAAUAAAUAUUCAAUUGUUUUUUUUUCUCCGGGUACACGUAUUAUCGAAUAGAAAUUUAAAUAAAUCACGUCGAUUGUGAAAGGCAACCAAAAAUUUGGUAUUUCUGGAUUUUGGUGCCAGACGUACAUACAUUGACGAAUCAAGACAAACUAUUGCUGAACAGUAUGUAUGUGAUUCAAUUGAAUAACGGUGAGCAGCACUAUGUUCAAGCAACAUCGGCUGUAUUGUCAUCAUCCACACCGACAGCCACCGCAAUUACAAUUAAUCCAACCGAUCAAUUGCAAUCGAAUGCAUAUUUACAAACAAAUACAUUGGGUCAAAUACAAGCGAUGCAACCACAAGAGACAACAGUCAUACAACAACAAAAUGAUUCAUUUCAAGAUAUACUCGAUUAUAUUCAGCAUUUAUACACUGAAUUGGCUAAAGAAAAGAAUAUCAGACAUUAUAUUUGCUUAUUUUGUACACAAGAUUUUAAUGAUGUACGACAAUUAUUGCGGCACACAUCGUUUUCGCAUCGAAAUAAAAUCUUAGACGGUACCAUCAGUUUGGAGCAAGAUUUCGAGGCUCUCAUUCGCAAAAAGAUCAUUGCUAAAGAGCAACAAAAUCAAAAUCAACAACUUUAUCAAUGUGUACAAUGUCAACAGAUGUUCAAUUCAUUGGAAAUUAUAUCGGAACAUUUGGCACAUUGCCAUCAGCCAUCACCGACAAUCUCAAAUAUUGUGCCAUCUUCCAAUAGUGCUUCUUCGUAUCAUGAGAAAACACCCACAGAAUUAAUCAAUCAUUCAACAUCAUCAAAUAAAUCGCAUAUUCUGACCGAACAAUACGUUCCAUAUGGAUGUGCACAAUGUGGGCGACGUCAUCACACAAUCAGAGAUCUUAUGAUUCAUAUGCGAACGUGUCAAGAUGAAACAUUUUAUGAUGCGGCCAAUCAUUUGCAAAACAAAAAUUGGGUAGAAGCACCGAAAAAUCAACACAUUGUUAUCAACGAAGAGUCAACAAAUGUGGUGCUAAAAACAACUGGCCUUUGGCUAAUGCCAGAACCGCCUGGCCAACAAAUUGGCACCGAAGCGUUGCGUGGCUUUUGGGUGAUGCCAUCGUCAACUAGUGAAUAUAUUGAAGAACAAUUGAGACAACAACAAGAGCAACAAGAACAACAAGAAAAAUUACGACUCGAACAAGAACAAAAACGAUUACAAGAAGAACAAGCCGAACAAGCACGUUUACGGCGUGAGGAAGAAGAACAACUCAUAAUACAACGUCAAAUUCUUGAGCAACAACAAAAACUACGAUUACAACAACAGUUGGAAGAGCAACAAAAACAAAUGCUAUUGCAACAACAAUUACAGCGUCAAACACAAUCGGUGGUGCAAUCAAUUGCGUCUGUUCCAAAUGCGAUGCCCUUAGUUAAGUCAUCGCCGACAGCGGUAAUCAGUCAUCAGAAUCAGGCAAAUAUUCAGGCUCAACGGCAACAUUCGGCUGCCACAAACACAAUUAUUGUUUUGAAUGACGAGCAAAUUUUUAGUCAAUCCGGCACCGAUGCACUGCGAUGUAUACAAGCAAGCGAUGGAUCAUACCAUGUCAUCGGAAAUGUUGAUUUGAAUGACAGACAAAUGACAAAUGCAACAUCUGUAAUUGCACAUACAUCGCCGGCAGUUGAUACUACACCGAUAUCAACACCCACAGCGACGGUAACAUCAACCGGGCGCAAACGUCGCACGCGAAAACAAAAUUCAACUUAUACUCAUGCAAAUGACGGUGGCGAUUUAAUAACAUUAGAAAAUGUGGUAUAUCAAACGCCAGAGCCAACUGUAUCAACGUCAGUCGCAACCAAAAUGACCAAUUCAAAAAGAAGGCGAGUUGCACAACAAACCAUCGACACAACGCAAUCGAUUGCAAUCGAUUCGAAUCAAACGGUCAUACAAAAUGUUGAUGCUACUGAUAUUCCGUCACAACACAUUUAUCUUGCCUACAAUGAUAACGGUGUACUUGUACCGAUUGAAACAACUUCAACACUAAUGAAAAACGAUACACAAGGUAAUGCGGUCGAUUUAUCGCAAGAGCAAUAUAUCAUCGAAGAUUUGGAUGCAUCCAGAAAGGCACAACAAAAAAGCCGAAGCAAAUCAUCAACAUCUAGGUCACAACAGCAACCGUUGCCACCACCGCCGCCGCUCACUCCGGCCUCAAGCAGUUCGGCAAGUGCGAAUUCAGCAACAUCAGCCAGAGUUAUUGUGCCCGAUACAAAUGUCAAUGAUUUAUCUGCAUAUAAUAUUGAUGAUUUGUCACAUUUGGACAAACCAAUUGUGUCGGAGAAACCAUCCACUGUCGUCCCAAUCAAGCCAUUGAAAUCAAAACCACAAUUCAUGGACAGUUUCUUUUCAUUUUUAAUGAAUCGCGAGUCGAACAAAUUAUGAGUGUUAAAGUGAGCUUCAAUCACUCCGUCGAUGAUUCCAUCGAUCGAUUGAAGCCACUUUAAAUGGGAACAGCAAAGUUCAUAAAUUUCAUUAUUUUUUUUUAAAUUGAUUUCAAUGAUUCUUUUUUUUUUUCAAAUAUUCUCUCAAAUUUUUCAUGAUUUCGUUGUAAGCCAUAAUUUAGAAUCCAUAGUCGUAUAGUGUUUAUAAUAUAUUGAUAUGAAUACGAUUUUCACAUAUUAUUAUUAACGAAAUUUUAUGGUUAAAAAAAUGCUAUAUAGAGAUUUUAUGUUGGAAAUUUCUUCUUUUUUUUUGAGAUACAAAAAUUGUGAAUAAUACUAUAUUUUUAUUCGAAUUUCGAUUCGCGUUUACAAAUAACUUUGAGGUUAGUAUUUGAGUUGAAUAGACUUGCUAAAAAGUGUUCGGCGAACGAAAUAAAACAUAUGCAUGUUGUCUUUUUUAAGAAAAAAGAAAGAAAAUCCGAAGUAAAUAAAUAAAACAUGGAAACAAAUCC